CAGUCAGUCAGUAGUACACCGUGUGUGCUUGGGGGCACCUUGCUCGUCGUUUCCGCCAGUUGCCGCUGUGUGCUCUGUUGUUGCUGCCCUUUGAUCCUUGCAUUAGUGUUAGUUAGGGGCUCGGAGACACACACACACAGAGCAGCCAUAACACACAGCAACAGCACCACUACCACCUCCCCUGUUACUACUCCCAACAAAACCCUCAAAACCGGGGACAGCCAGGUGCACGACAAGUCCCUGCCAUCAGACUCCCGCAUACAAUUUCCAGGGGGGAAAAAAAAAUAUUCUUCUUAUCCCUAAACAAGGAGGAGAAUGUGAAAAAAAGGGGAAAAUGCCCAGAAGGAAACAGGAGCAACCCAAGCGCCUGCCUUCAAAUGUUGACAGAGUAGAAGAAGAACAAGAAGAAGAAGGAGAGCCCCUGGGAGAAGACAGCUGGUUUGGGAACACUUCGGACACUCCAUCCGAGUCCUCCUAUGGGGAUGUGCAGGACGAGCUCAGGAUUUCUCCCCACCAGGAACAGGACACCUCCACGGAGAGCUCUCUGGGCUGCCUCACCCCCGUGCAAGGGAAUUCUCUGGAACUCUUGGGGCUUAACAAUGAGGCAUUCAAGCAGGGGAGCUUUGCCUGCAAAGACCAGCUGUCCUCCGUCGUCUCUUCUCUGUAUGGGGAUGGCUCCCAAGUGCUGGGCAGGCCGCUGAGCAGCAACCUGAGGCGUCUGCUGGAGGCUGGCUCCCUCAAGCUAGAUGCGGGCGACCUUGCUGCAAGAGGGAGAGGGGGGCAAUCCCCGCCAGUAAACCUUGGCUCCAACUUUGCCCUGUCCCCCUCUUCCCAUCACGCCCAACAGUUAAGUGCCCUUGCCCGGAAGCUGGCCAACAGCACCUCCGCAGCUGCCUCCCCAGCAGCAGCAGCAACAGUGUCUACAAAUAGCAUCAAGCAGGAGCCUUGCGAUCCCUUUAUCACCAGCAGCAGUGGAGGGAGCGGGUUUGUGUGGGGAAGCCAUGAGAAGUGGCCGCCCGACAGCACGACCCCCAGCAGCAGCCUCUCCCCAGACUCUGCCAUUCAGAAGCUGAAGGCAGCUGCCAAUGCGGUGCUCCAGGACCAGAGUGCUGCUGCGUCGGCAUCCUCCCCCUCUGCGUCGACAGCGGUGGGGAGGCCUGAAGAGACAGUGUGCUUUGACGCCUUCACCUCCCCCUUCAGCCCGCAGUCGGCUAGCUCCACGCUGGCGGCUCUUUCGAAGAAGGUGAGUGAGAGGGGCUUCUCCUCCGGUCAGGUGGAACACCAGCCCCCGGCCAGCUCCUUCCUCUCGCUGGUCUCCAUGACCUCCUCGGCGGCCCUGCUCAAAGAAGUGGCGGCCCGGGCCGCUGGGAACCUUCUGGCCGACAAGAAGGAGCCUCUGCCACUGGUGGUGGGACCGCCGGAGGACGUCAAGCCGCUGCUGGACAAAAACCAGAAGAUCAUGACGCCGUCGCAAACCCUGGAGCUGCUGUUGCCAUCCACAGCCAAGGGAAGGACCAAAGCCAGCAACGAAGGAGCUCCAGCAGCCACUGAAGAGGGAGGAAAGCCGUUUCAGUGCCCUGUGUGUGGUCUGGUCAUUAAGAGGAAGAGCUACUGGAAACGACACAUGGUGAUUCACACCGGCCUCAAGAGCCACCAGUGCCCGCUCUGCCCCUUCCGCUGUGCCCGCAAAGAUAAUCUGAAGUCGCACAUGAAGGUACAGGUUCAUCAGCACCAAGACAGAGGCGAGACCUUCCAGUGUGAGCUCUGCCCCUUCACCUCGUCCCGCCACUUCAGCCUCAAGCUGCACAUGCGCUGCCACCAGCACUUCCCCCGCUCCCAGGUCAAGGUGAAGGAGGAGGUGACGUCGGACACUGAGGGCGAGGGCUCCACGGCGGGGGAUCAGGAGGGGAUGUUACAGGGGCCUGACACCAGGCUCGAGGUCCACCCCGUCGACCCCUCCAAUCACAUCCCUGCUGCCAUCAAGGAGGAGCCCCAAGAAAGGGACAUAUCGGUGCUGCUGUUCCCCCUGUGCAGUGACAGACUCCCCGGCAGCACCAAGCCUCAGGACUACACCGUCUCCAAUUCGAAAACAAACACCCCUCCCACCUCCCUCUUCAGCCCUGACAUCUCCGCCAAGUCGGCAACGGAUUUUCUCAUCAAGCUUUCAGCUGCGAAUCAAAAGGAAGCCCCAAAGCCCCAGUUCAUUGUGAAAGAGGAACCCCUGCCUGAAGAAUCCAUGAGCCCCACAGUGCCACAGGGCCAGCCGAGCUACAUGUUCUGCCAGGAGCCUCCAGCAGUGGGCACUCCUGAGAGGCCCUUGAGCAAAACAGAAGGCAGCUCGGUGGCAAAGAGCAGCCUCCUGAGUCAGGACAUCAGCAUGAAGGUGGCGUCGGAGCUGCUGAUGAAACUCUCAGCAGAAAACAACAAAGAAGCGAAUAUACAAAAGGUCACAGUGAAAGCAGAACCAAUGGAAGUGGACUCCCCCGAGGACCUUACCUCCUCUACUCACACGCUCGGCUUCAGCACUUUACCAAGGCAGGAAAAAAACGAGCCACUACCAAACUUACCUGAGGCCUUGGGGCGCCACCAGAAACCUCUCUUCAGCCAGGAUAUAUCUGUCAAGAUGGCAUCCGAGCUCCUGUUCCAAUUGUCAGAAAAAGUGAGCAAAACUCGCAACCACAAAGCUAACAGUAUCCUGAACAGUAUGAACAGCCCUUACCUUGAAGACGUCUUCAGACAAUCACCCUUUAACUCCAGCUCCAAGGACCUGUUACCCAGCGAAUCAGGCUCCUCUGGGAGGGCAUCACUCCAAGACUCUGAGAAACCGGGCCAGGAGUCAGGGAACGGAAUACCUCAGUGGAAUAUGAGCGAGCAGCUGUUCCCCUGCAGUAUCUGUGGGAAGGUGUUCGGGAGACAGCAGACACUUUCUCGACAUCUCUCCCUGCAUACCGAAGAGAGAAAGUACAAGUGUCACUUGUGCCCCUAUGCUGCCAAGUGCCGUGCCAACCUCAACCAGCACCUGACGAUCCACUCCGUGAAGCUGGUGAGCACCGACGCUGAGGAAAUUGUGAGCGCAGUGACCACCGAGAUCAGCGAACGCAAGAACUCCCCCUAUUUUUACUGCUGCCACGUGUGUGGGUUUGAGACAGAGCUGAAUGCCCAGUUUGUCAGCCACAUGUCCCUUCAUGUUGAUAAGGAGCAGUGGAUGUUCUCAAUCUGCUGCGGCACUUGUGACUUCAUCUGUAACGAAGAAGGGGAGAUGAAGGUGCAUGUAAAUGCAGGCCAUGCAGGUCACAACUCAAAAAGCCCUUUCAGUGAGACAAAGAGCACAUCCUCCUCGCUGUCAGCACUUAGCGAUUCCUUCAAUGGCUCAGAGAGCAGUGACAUCGCCCACGGCAACGAGGAGCUCAAGAGCUUACUGGCCACGCCCAUGGAAACAGGCAGCCAAUCAAGUUCCGGGAGCCACUCUGGAUCAGGCGCAGAGGAAAAGUCUGAAAAAGGUUUCGAAUGCGUCUUCUGUAACUUUGUCUGCAAGACGAAGAUGAUGUACGAACGGCACUUGCAGAUCCACCUGAUCACGCGGAUGUUUGAGUGUGACGUCUGCCACAAGUUCAUGAAGACUCCAGAGCAGCUGCUGGAGCACCAGAAAUGCCAUACCGUUCCGACUGGAGGGCUCAAGUGCCCCUUCUGCAUCUACUCCACAAACCGGCCCUCGGCCAUGGAGUGCCACCUGAAGUCUCACUACAAGAUGGAGUACAAGUGCCGCAUCUGCCAGGCGGUCAAGUCCAACCAGCUGGAGCUGGAGAUGCACAUCCGCGAGCACAGGCUGGGCAACCACUACAAGUGCGACCAGUGCGGCUACCUGUCCAAGACGGCCAACAAACUGAUCGAGCACGUGCGCGUGCACACCGGGGAGCGGCCCUUCCACUGCGACCAGUGCAGCUACAGCUGCAAGCGCAAGGACAACCUCAACCUGCACAAGAAGCUGAAGCACGCCCCCCGCCAGACCUUCAGCUGCGCAGAGUGCGCCUUCACCACCACGCACCCCUUUGUGUUCAGCCGCCACGUCAAGAAGCACCAGAACGGGGAGUGCCUGGACGACGACCAACACCACCACCACCACCAUCAUCCAAGGAAGGGCAAAGAAGCCUUCUUGUCCACCAGCAGCAGCAAUAGCAGCGGUAGCAGCAGCCCUCUCUUGACCAUGUCCGCCUCUCAUGCGCUGCAGUCCGUGGCUCUGUCUGUGACGGGCAAGCAGCAGCAGGCGGCAGAGCCAGUUCUGCGUUACCUUUCAGCAAACGGGACCUCUUUUUCCUCCCAUUACGAGAAGUACAGGAACUGUGACCUGGCCCAUCUUAUUCCUCUCACCACCCUCUUCCCACUUAGCCAGUUCAGUGACCGCUGUGGCAGCACCAGGGGGAGCAACACAUUCCACCAUUCUCCUUCCUGCUCCAGACUGCGACCCGAGUCCUCCUGUCCCUUCCCCUCUCCAGACUCACCCAAACACUCCUUCCUUGCCUACCUGGGGCUCACUGAGAGGGCAAAGACGAUCUAAGCUUGCCUCCCUCAUACCCACCCCCACUCACUUGACAGUACCGCUGCAAUAGGAGCUUUUCAAGUUAACACGACUUACUGAAUAUAAUGGUAGUUGAGCUAGAAAAAAUAAGGCUGUAUGUGCGCUUAUUGCAUUUAUAUCAAGGCUGCUUUUUUUCUUUGGUUAUAAUCAUUUUAGUUAACUUUUCAUAAAUAGGAAUCCACUGCACUAUCCAAAAAUCACCAGGAGGGGAAGAGAAUGAGGAUGGGGGUAGAAAUUAGACAAGUUGUCAACAGUUUCUGAUGCUCUCUUCACCGUGUUACUUCUUGGAUGUUUUGAUUUUUUUUUUUUUUUUUAUCUGCCAAUAUUAUGAAUAAGACUCAAAACCCAAAAGUAGUUCCUAACAGUUAUAAAACUAAACUUUUAUAUUAAGCUAUAUAAAAAUAUGUAUACAGUAUAUAUGUACGUAUGUGUGUGCGUGUGUAUAUAUAUAAAUUAUUAUUAUCAUUAUUAAUGAAUGUGAAUGAAUGAAUUAAUUAAUUAAUUUCCAUACAUUCCUGUCAGUGUUCAGUAUCCACACUGCUCUUCACAUGGUGCUAUGUUUAUGGAUGCUCAAAAUGGUUCCCGAUUUGGACGUUUCUUGGUUCAGGCCCGAAGUUUGGAUUAUACUGCAGGGGCACCUGGGAACUCCUAAUGUUUUAGAAGGGUCAAUUAAAAAUUGUCCCCAAUUUAUUUAUUUUUUUCAACAAAACACUAAAUAUCAUUAAGGAUUAGAAAAUAAUUCAUAGAGAAACACUUUGAGCAAUGCAUGCUGUUUAAAAUAUAUUCCUUACACAUCAUCUUGGCCAUUAACCCAGCAGUGAGAUAAAAAAAAAGAAAGUCAUAAAUACACUGUCUGCUUUUGGGAGGCUUAGCUAUUACUGAAUCCUGAAUGGUAAAGCUUGAUGUGUUUGGUGUAACUAAAAUUGAACUGCCUUAUUGUUAUGAAGUAACACCUAAAAUAUACCUUACUUCUUAUUCCCUGUUUGCUACCUAUGUUGUCUUACCUGUAAGGGAAUGAGAGUAGCACAUUCGAACGUGUGUGUGUGUGUGUGUGUUUAUCAUAUUCCAGGUACAUCUGUGUAUAUUUUGAGUACUGCAGUGGCUCCUCUGUAUUUAACCCUCUAAGGAAUUGGGAAAAACAUAAAGUAUUGUUUGGAUAUAAUAUACAUGGAUAUUAGAGGAAUCCUGAGAGCAGGUGCUCAGGCUAAAUAAAAAUUAAAAAUGACAGUUUUGCACAGUGCUUUAGUUUUGCACUAUUUUGUAUUUGUCAAUAAAACUAAAACAGUAAUGAUAUUAAAGACGGUGAAAAUCUAAUAAAAUUAAACAAGAGUAGAAAAAUAUUUGCUUGUUAUUUUAAAUACAUGCUUAUGUUUUAAGUAUCAAGUUUCCUAAGUUUGUGUUUUUGGAAGAGAAAAAAAUUGCAUACUCUUUAUAAAGGGAUUUUGCAUUCACUAGCAUUUUGCUGAGUUUGUUGUUUUUUUUUGCCUUUUUUUUUUUUUUUU